AUGGCCUCCGGAUCAGAGGCCAACCUCCACUGUCCCGUGUGUUGUGAUAUCUUUAAAGAUCCAGUUCUGCUUUCCUGUAGCCACAGCUUCUGUAAAGUCUGUCUCCGGAGAUGGUGGAGAAGGAAAGAAGCACUCGAGUGUCCUGUUUGUAAGCGCAUAUCUGGGAAGAAACACCCACCUUGCAACUUGGCACUGAAGAAUCUGUGUGAGGCCUUUUUACUGGAGAGUGACCAGAAGUCUGAGGCUCUGUGCCGCCUGCACUCAGAGAAACUCAAACUUUUCUGUUUGGACCACCAGGAGCCAGUGUGCCUAAUCUGCAGAGACUCCGAAAAUCAUGCAAAUCAUAAGUUCAGACCCGUUGAUGAAGCUGCACGUGAUCGCAGAGACGAGCUUCAAAAACACCUGAGGCCUUUACAGGAGAAGCUGAAGCUCUUGAAAGAAACUAAAGGAAACUACACCCGAACAACAGAACAUGUUAAAGUCCAGGCUCAAGACACAAAGAAGCAGAUUAAGAAGCAGUUCAAGAGGCUUCACAAGUUUCUAGAAGAGGAAGAGAAGGCCAGGAUCGCUGCUGUGAAUGCAGAGGAAAGGCAGAAACGUGAGGUGCUGAUGGAGAAGAUGGAGGUUCUGAGAAGAGAGAUAGCAGCUCUUUCCCAAAUUAUCAGAGCAACAGAGGAAGAGCUGAGAGCUGAAGACACCUUCUUCCUAAACAACUACAAGGUUACAGUAGAUCAGGUCCAGGAGCAUCCCCUGAUGGGUGAUCCAGAGCUUCUUCUAGGAGUUUUGCUGGACCAGGCCAAACACCUGGGCAAUCUGACCUUCAACAUCUUGAACAAGAUGGCUGAGGCCAGCUCGUACACUCCUGUGAUUCUGGAUCCAAACACUGCCCAUCCGAGACUCAACCUGUCUGAAGAUCUGAGUGGUGUUAAACAGGGACGGACAGUAGAGUGUCCCAACAACCCGGAGAGGUUUGACAGCUUCUGCAUCACCCUCGGCUCUCAGGGAUUUAACUCAGGGGUUCACAGCUGGGAAGUUGAACUUGGACACAGUUCACACUGGAUCCUGGGCGUGGCACCAGAGUCAGUCCAAAGGAAAGGACAUUUAGGCUCGCACUCUGGGUUGUGGACAAUGGAGUUUAGUAAAGGUAAAUACAAAGCAUCCUCACCAUCAGAUUCAGUCUCGGUUCUUUCAGUGUGGAAUAGGAUCAAGAGGAUCAGAGUUUGUUUGGACUGUGACACAGGGGUGCUGAGUUUCUCUGAUCCCAACAGUCUCAUAUACUCCAACUCAUGUACCUCCACCGAGGCCCUGUUCCCAGUUAUAGGCACAAGUGAUAAACGCCUAUUGAAGAUACUACCUGAAACAAUAAUAUUACUAAAUAAUACCUGUUAG